ACCCAAGGUGCGCACACAGCUAUCUGAUGGAUUCCCUGUCAGUACUGUACUUAAUCAGCAAUAGAGAAUCAGCAAAUUAGAUGGUGGGGGCAUACUCAAAAGGGAAGCCCUACUGGUAUGAACGAGAAAGACUUAAGUUGUUCAUAUACAAAGUCAAAUACAUGUGGAUGUGGAUUAGUUUGGUCUAAUUUGAAUGGGAGGAAGGUGAAUUAACAGCUAAAUAAUGUUCAAACGUGGACAAGCCUUUUUUUUCCCCUGUAGAGGGUUGCAUUACUUCAGAGGAAAUCUGUCAGCCGCCACUGCAUCUGAGAGCAUUUCUCUCUUACCCCUUUUUACUCCCCCCCCAUGUAAAUCUCUUUUUCUUUAUUUCCCUGACAUCUCUUUAUCUCUUCUUCCUUGCAUAGUGGACCUACCAGGAGAGAUUGCUCAUGUCAGAAGCCCGAAGUUGCAGUGGGCUUUUGAAUUAAGAAAAAGUCUAUGUAAAAUGUAGCCUAGGGCCACGGAUUGACCACCACUGUUUCAAGGGGGGGGGUCUUAGUGCUCGUCCUCAAUCUGACUGCCCCCCCAUUCUUCAAGGCAGGGGAUGGCUGCUCUGUGGGACCUGCUUCUCUGGUGACACAUCACUGUGCCAGGUUGGGAAUUAUACACAAAACAUGCAAAUGUGUUGAUGAAAAAAACUCAGUUCAUCACUGCCAAGUAUUUCUACAUUGUAGGUACAUCACUUUCUAUCUUCAGAGUUGCUUUUGAAAGGAAUUUUAAUACAGUUUUAAGGCUGGGUGGGGACCCACUUGCAAAUGAAAUCAUUCUGGUGCAGUUCCUGGUCAGCCGAGUACACGGCUGCAACUUUAGCAACAGCAUUGCUGUCAUCCUUUGUUUACUCAUCUCAUAAUAAAACUAAAUCUGCUGGGCCGAGAUUUUUUGGUCUUUUGUUUCAACAUCUCUACCCCACCCACCAGUGUCUGUGCUACAAUUUUGAAAUAUACACUGUCUAGGAUGUCUUAAUGGCUCUUUUCCGCUCGCUAUCCUAUAUUUGUGGCAGUCACAAGUGGCAUGUUCCAGGCUAAAAGGCGGAUGUUUUUUCACUUCAGUUGUGAAAAAAGCCCUAGGGCUUUGUAAAAUAGUUUUAGAGGAAUCUAGUUUUGUCAUCUUUACAGUGAAGUGGACAGGGUACAUUUCUCCAGUUACACCGUCUGCAAAUGGUAAGUUGACAAACCAGUUUUCUGCAGUGUUGGCUCAGAGAGUCACUUCCCCUUUCCUUGGAAGUGUUAUCUGAAUUCUUGUGUUACUAUGUCAGUCGCCUGCCGUCCUAAGAUUCAGUUCUCUUGCUCUAUGGCCAUUAGGUGAAAUUGCUGGGGCAUUCCAGGCUGGAACACCUUAGCCAGCAAAGCCGGAGGAAGAAACCAUGUCAGAAUGCUGCCUGUAUUAUUUAAUCAUGCUAGGACUAACCGGCAUUGGAAAACCAGUGCUAACAAUGGGAGGGUAUGCUCAUCAGAUCUCUAGGCAUUCCACAUAUGAGAUUGUAAUUCCUCAAAGAUUGACUGACAGGGUGAAGCGCUGGACGCAUUCUCAAAAGGAGCAUUUAGAUAAUCAGCUGUCUUACUUGAUCCAAACUGGAAACGGAACACAUAUCCUGAAAUUAAAGAAAAAUAAAAACCUUAUUGGUGAGAAUUUCAUACUAUAUACCUACAGAAAAGAUGGCAAAUUGGAGACUACUCCCUUCGAAGCUAAGGCUCACUGCUAUUACCGUGGAGUUGUUGAAGGGAUUGAGGACUCCCUGCUUGCUCUCAGUACCUGUGAUGGCCUUAGGGGAAUGCUUCAUAUUGGUGGCAAGCGAUAUGGCUUGGAACCAGUCGAUGGAUCAGAUCGAUUUGAGCACUUCUUCUAUGCCUUAGAAAACUCUCCCCAUGAGCCCUUUUCAUGUGGUGUGCCAAAUGAAGACCAUGAGCAGAGCACAAAGACUUUUCUCAAAUACACAAAUAUCUCACACAGUCCCUUCAAUUCGGACAAAAUUCUAAGGAGAAGGCGAGCCGUACUGCCAGAGAAAAGAUAUGUCGAACUGUAUAUGGUUGUUGAUAAAAACAGGUACUUGCUGAAGAAAUCUGAUGCUGAAGCUGUACAAAAGGAAACAGUAGAACUGGCUAAUUAUGUUGAUGGGAUGUUCAGUCCCUUAAAUAUACAAGUUGUCCUAAUUGGGCUAGAAAUAUGGACUCAAGGAAACCCUAUAGAUGUGGAUAGUGGUUCAGCUGGAGAUGUGCUGGGCAAAUUCGCAUCCUGGAGAGAGACAAAUCUCCUGAAGAGAUCACGAAAUGAUGUCAGCCACCUCAUCAUAGGGAGAAGUGCAUUUGGUGCAACGGUUGGAAUGGCUUUCGUUGGCACAGUCUGUAGUCCGAAUCAUGGAGGGUCAAUCAGCACAUUUAACCAUGGUGCUGUGAUAGCUCACGCUACAGUUGUUGCACAUGAGCUAGGACACAAUUUGGGUAUGAAUCAUGAUGACGGAAGAUGUUCAGGUCACUACAUUAUGCACAGUUCAGAUAAUGGGUCCAAGAACUUCAGCAGCUGCAGCGCCAAUGAUUUUGAGGACCUCAUUUUGAGAGGCAGAGGAACCUGCCUUCGAAAUCCUCCCAAGCCAAGUGAUAUUUAUACAGAGCCCGCCUGCGGCAACAACAUUGUGGAUAAAAAUGAAGAAUGUGAUUGUGGCACACCAGAAGAGUGUACCAACCCUUGUUGUGAUGCUGCCACGUGCAAACUAAAAGCUGGAUCAGAGUGUGCUGAAGGAUUGUGCUGUGAGAAGUGUCAAUUCAAGGUCGCAGGAGUGCAGUGCAGGGCAAAAAUGAAUGCCUGUGAUCUCCCUGAAUAUUGCAAUGGAACAUAUCCCAACUGCCCAGAUGAUGUGUAUAUCAUGGAUGGCUACCCAUGCAACAAUAUGAAAGACUAUUGCUAUGCUGGAAUUUGUCAGAAUUAUGAUUCUCAGUGUGAAUCCCUCUUUGGAAAGGGAGCAAAGAAAGGGCCAAAUGCUUGUUUUGAAACAGCCAAUAGUAAUGGAGACAGGCUCGGCAACUGUGGAAUGUCAAAAGGAGAUUUUGUUAAAUGUUCUCAAGCCAAUAGCCUUUGUGGCAAGAUUCACUGCACAUCUGUCAGUCAACAGAAUCUUCCAUCCCAGAUAUACAGCCAGAUUCAAGAUGGCGUUAGGUGUGUGACUACUGACUUUGCUCUGGGAUCAGAUGUUCCCGAUCCAGCUUUGGUUAACAGAGGCACAGCUUGUGCAGAAGGGAAGGCCUGUGUUGAUUUCAAGUGUGUCAAUGCAAGCCUGCUUGGCUACAAUUGUGAUGUAAAGAAAACAUGCAAUGACCGUGCAGUAUGCAACAACAAAGGCAAUUGCCAUUGUGAUCCUGGAUGGGCACCUCCUUAUUGUGACAAAUCUGGAUACGGUGGUAGCAUAGACAGUGGCCCAACUCACAUAGAUACAUCACUUCGUGAUGGCCUGCUAGUGUUUUUCCUGCUUGUGUUGCCUCUGCUAAUUAUAGUAGCGGUUGCAAUUGUCAAGAGGGAUGCAAUUAAAAGACGUAUUUUCAGAGAAUGGAGAAGACGCCACAGGGCUGAAAAUGCACGGCAAGCAAGACAAAGCAGCACUCCAGGUGGACCAAAGCCACCAGUAAAUAAUAGGCGGGUAAGAAUAUUUAUUUUUUUCAUCGCAAUGUAUUAUUUGAAGUUACUGCUGAUGAAUAAAGUUUGGGCUAAUGUUUCGGCUCUCCAUAGGCGCUGUGAAUUUGGCAAUGAUUUUCCAUUCAGAAAUGCAAUUCUGCAGAAGGUUAGAUCAGUUACAUUAAAGCAGUACAUGGUACCGUAUUUUGCUAGAAUGAAAAGAUGCAGUAAGCUUCACUGCUGUGUUAAGCAUGAAUUCUCCUUACUAUACAUUUCUUUUCCCUCUGCAGCCUACAACGUCAAAUUCUGGAAUCUUUACGAUAUCACACUUUCCUGCUCCAAGGCCACCCAUACAAGCAAACCUUGGGCCACUUCCAUCAAGACCUCCUUUACGACCACCAAUCCCACCCAGACCUGUUUACGCAACUCCAUCCUGAGAAAUUCUCAAGAGGGUUAGAUGGACACAUUAAACAUGUAAGAGGGUAGCAGAAAUGUGCCAGUGCUAAACCUGUUACAUAUUUUUGAAAGUAUUAUUUUUUAUCGAUAUACAAGUGAAGACCUCAUUUUAAUUUCUUAAAAACUGUUGAAACGCUAACAAAAGAAUAUGGGAUUCCCCCCCUCCGUAGAUAGACUAAGGCUGCCUUAAUCAUUAGAUCAGUGGUUCCCAACCUUUUUUUCUACAGACCACUUGAAAAUUGCUGAGGGUAUUGAUGGGCCACUGAAUGACUUUUUUUUUGCCUGUUAUAACGAUGGUAAUGUGCUGUGCUAGAUGCUGUAUGAUUUUUAAAUUGUAUUUUUAUUGCUUCUUCUAUUGUAUUUUACGGUAUUGCUCUAUUACAAUACACUAAAAUACAAUAUAAGAAAUGAAAGAAGCAAUAAAAAUGCACCUAAAAUCAGUAUUAGUAUUUAAUACCAACACAUGGACCACCUGAACAAAGUUUGUAGACCACUGGUGGUCCAUGGACCAGUCUCAGAACUCAUGUAUUAGACUGCAGAAUACUGUUUGUGUUGUGUCACAUUAGCCGUCAGGACAUAUACAUAAAUAUAUCUCUCCCAACACAGGGCCAAACUGAUACAAUGCUGAAUGUGUAAUUAGAAAUCAUUUUAGGUUUCCAAAUUUUACUAUCUUUUUUUUUUAUAAAAAAAAGGAUGCACUAGGGUUGAUUUACCACUGGGAUUGCAGCACACAAGAAAUGGAGAUCUUAGCACGCACACAACACACACCUAAGGCACAGCUGUUAGCCUUAGAAAAAAGGAUCUCAUUUAUGCCAAAGGCAGCUUUCACCCUAAAGCAGGCUUCCUCAAACUUGGCCCUCCAGAUGUUUUUGGCCUACAACUCCCAUGAUCCCUAGCUAGCAGGACCAGUGGUCAGGGGUGAUGGAGAUUGUAGUCUCAAAACAUUUGGAGGGCCGAGUUUGAGGAAGCCUGCCCUAAAGCUAUUUUCAUAGCCGAGGAAAGAGAGGUGAAACCUAUCCUCCACUAUACUGCAAUCCUGAUGGAAACCAUCCCUAUAUUUAAAAUAUGACACGAGUUCUAAUGAUGCACUUAGUGCUGCAUCUAGCUUUGCCCACAGCUUUUCUGUGAAUACAGUGGUACCUCUACUUACGAAUUUAAUGCGUUCCAAACGCACAUUCAUAAGUCGAAAAAAUUUGUAAGUCGAAUCCCAUAGGAAUGCAUUGGGAGAAAAAAUUCGUAAGUAGAAGCAACCCUAUCUAAAAAUUCGUAAGUAGACAAAAUCCUAUCUAAACCACAUCCAAGAUGGUGGACGGAGCUCCGUUCAUAAGUAGAGGUACCACUGUAAUUGUUCCUUAAAAUUCAGCUGCUUUAAACAUAAAACAAAAUGUUAAUGAAAACAAUGAAGGGGGGGGGAACACUUUUUGAUUUAUUUGCCCCCAGUUCAAUAAGGGGUGGCCAAUGCAUGGAAACAGGCACCUGUAAGUUGUUUAAAAUUGAGAGUGCGGAACCAAAGGAAGUGCAUGGAGGUAGAACUGAUACUGAAAAUUGGGUCGGGGCAGGAUUUUUACAGACCCUGAGUACUAAUUACAUGGUUGGCAAAGUGGACGUUAAUUUGUUUGAGAAUAGGGGUUGAUUCCAAUGUUGUUUGUCCUCAGCUGGUAUUGCCCAAGUUCAUAGUUGUUAUGUUCCAAAAUACUUACAGUACAUGGAUAUUUUUCAAUAUGCCUUUUUGCACUAAAGUAGGCAAAGUACUCCUAGAUUAAAGGUCUGGUCUUCCAUUUCUAUAUUCCAAACCUGUGGCGCGGGGGGGGGGGGGGGGCAUAAUUAUGCAUCCUCCUUAUUUACUUUUAAUAUAUAGGAAUUUAGAUCUUGUUUACAAUAUUGUAGGAACAGCUCACACUGUCAAAAUCAUACCUAAUCACACCCCUGCCAGUGUUUUUGUUUUGGAGGUGAAUGAAUGUACAAUCCGAUUGCUGUGAAUGCUAUACUGUAUUGUUAGAAACAGUAAAUUAUUUUUACGGGUAUUUAUUUGAAUAUAAGACUUUGCUGACUCAAAAAAAAUAUAUCUAAGCGGUGUAUAUAAAGCAAUAAAAUAAUUAACAGAUAAAAGUAGUAGCAUUUAAAAAUGAGUAAUACACAAUGAAAUUAUAUGCCGAGAUAGGCUUGCUGGAAUAAAAGGUUUUAGCAGACAUUUAAAACAGUAGAAUGAAGAUGUCUGCCAAAUCACAGAGUUGGAAGGGACUACAAGGAUCAUCUAUUCCACCCCCUGUAAUGCAGGAAUCCUUUGCCCGACAUGGGGUUUUAACCCCCACAGUUCAGCUCAUUUUUCUGAGAAUGAGGGCUGUAAGGUUUGCUUACAGGUUCUAAAAUGCCAUCAGAAAUCAAACUUCUAACAAUACUUUUCAACUACUACUUUUUCUAAUACCGGUACCUAUAACCAUUUUAUAUGCAAUUUUGCACAAAUCGCAAUUAAAUACCUUUAGAAAACACUGUCACACACUGUUGUAUUUCAGUGGCAAUCUCUGUGAACUAUUUUGU